GAACAAGAUUUCACAUUGGUCAAAUGCAAAGUGAGUACUGUUACUUAUCUCACACUCCACCCCCAAAGACUCUCCUUGGGGUCUUGUCAUUGUUCACAUCAUUUGUUAAAUACUUAAGUACUGUUACCCUAAACACCAUCCUGUCAUUACUCAGCCUCAUAGAUGGAUGUCCAACAAGAAAAUGACUCAGAAAUGAAUCUGGCUAAGGACUUAAGGAGACAGCAAGUGAAAGAUUCACCAUCACCUCCAGAGAAGCUCUUUGCUUGUGUCCUGGGAGUUAUCUGCCUUAUCCUGACGUACAGUGUAGUGAGAGCGAUACAUUUUAUGCCUUGUAUUGUUAAACUGGAGAAGAACAAUUAUUCCCAAAUAACAAGGAUCCAGAAAGCAAAUCAUUGUGGUCAUUGCCCACUGGAGUGGUUUAUGUAUUCCAACAAUUGCUAUUACAUUAGUACUGAAAAAAAAGCAUGGAUUGAGAGUUUAAAGGCCUGUGCUUCUUAGAACUCUAGCCUGCUUUACAUAGAUAAUGAA